AUGGAUUCAUCUUCCGACUCGUCUUCAUAUUGUGUUCCCCCUUCCCUUUCCGACUCAUCAAACGGGAGCACUUUUCAAUUUUUCCAAACGGUUUUAGACGCGUACAAAGACACCGGAAGCUCCACCAACACCCGUAGGUACAUCGAGCGAGAUCGGGAAGAUGCGCAUGAUAGGCUAAUGCGCGACUACUUUGUUGAAGACUCCAAAUUCGACGAGCCAUUUUUCCGUCAUCGUUUUCGCAUGAGCAAAAGGUUGUUUUUGAAGAUUGUUAAUGAUAUUGAAGCUAGGUUCGAGUACUUUCAAACACGAUAUGAUGCUCGGGGAAGAAGAAGCUUCACGGCUCUACAAAAAUGCACAUCGGCGAUCACACAAUUGUCCAAGGGUGAACCACCAGACGCGUAUGAUGAGUAUUUAUGCAUUGCGGAAAGAACAUCACGUGAGAGCCUCGAAUAUUUUUGUGAUGCGGUCAUUGGUUUAUACAAGCCGGAUUUUUUACGCAAGCCGACAUCUCACGAUGUUGCUCUCAUCACACAAGCGCAUGAAGAAAGACACCACAUUCCAGGAAUGCUUGGUAGUCUUGAUUGUACAUACAUCGAAUGGGCUAAGUGUCCUAAAUACUUGAAAGGGCAAUACACGAGGGGAGAUCAUAAGGUGCCGACUAUUAUGAUUGAGUGUGUUGCUUCUUACGACUUGUGGAUUUGGCAUUUGUUUUUUUGUCCCGCUGGAUCAAACAAUGAUGUCAACGUUUUGAAUCAGUCGCCAUUGUUUUAUUCCACUCAUAAUGGAACCGCACCAGACAGUUCAUUUACCGCAUAUCCCCAUCCAGUCGAAGAGGAUGAGAAGAAGUUCAAAAGACUCCAAGAGGCGGCAAGAAAGGAUGUUGAAAGGGCUUUUGGUGUUCUCAAAGGGAAAUGGAAGAUUUUGGAGUGUCCCCUCCGGUUCACGACAAAGGAGAAGAUUGGGAAGAUCGUCAGCACAUGUAGUAUAUUGCACAACAUGAUAAUAAAAGACGACGGGAGGGCGAUAUCACCGGUUCGCAUUAUGGAUCCACCCGCCCCGAUUGUUUAUGACCGGAACGUGCUAAGGGAGUUACAUGACGAAAAAGUCCAUCAUCGCCUCCGGUAUGAUCUGACAACGCACGUAUCGGGUUUGGAUUUAGCAUACCUUGACGACCCAAAUGCGCAGCCACCACCGAUUGAGGCAUUGAUUUAG